GAUCUGAGACUUGUUCCGAGAAUAGCAAAUUAAAGCAAAUCAAUGAUUCAUAUUCCGAGAAAGCAGAAAGCUGAAUUCUUCAGAGAACCCGAAUCGAAUCAUCAUAAGUCAUAAGAGAAGGAACUCACCUUGAAGUUGCAGAGAUGAUCAGAUGCAAAAUUCACCAAGUCAUAGACGAACAAACGAAGAUGAAGAGCAAAUCUGCUAUUACUCAGUCCACGGUUUCAGACGAAACCCAUUAUUGUGAAUCUGCUGCUGCUGGAGUUUACUUGUCUGUAUCUUCUUGCUAUGAUAUUGCUUACAAGUAUCCAGGACUGAUUAAAUUUGUCGAGACCAAAAUGUUUCCCCUGUGCUCAGCCGCAAGCUGCCAUUACCAUUCUCAGAUUUUAUUUCCUGGCAAUUGGCGAGGCUGUUCUUCCUUCAGGAGAGAGUUGAUUCACAGAUACAGUUCUGGUGACAAUGCCUUCUUUGGUAUCUCUAAUGGAACACGCCUGCAGAAGAGUUUUUUACCUCAAGCCACUGGGAGUUUCUUCACCGGUACUAUCGAAAAAGUAGAGCAACCAGUAUCAACAUUCAGAAGUUUGUGCCAGAAUGAGUUGGACAGAAUAAACGUUUAUGACUUGAGUGAAGCUGUUGUAGCGGGUGAUGGGGGACUGGCAUAUGUAGAUGGAGAAGAUGUUUUCCCUGCUGAAGCUGUUGUAGCAGAUGUUUCCCCUGUUGAAGCUGUUGUACCAGAUGUUUCCCCCAUUGAAAGCCUUUCUGCUGAGACUUUAACCGAAAAGACCAGUAGCCUUAUAGACUCGGUUGAGUCGGGAACCAAAUCGAGUGUUGAGAUAUCUCAGGAUACUUCUGUCUCUCUUCCGGAUACUCUGGAUCUCAAUCCAGGAUCACUUCCUGAUGCGAAAGCUAGCUUUGAUGACUUUUCUUCUGGUGUCCAGGAGUCCUUCAGCUCAUCACUAAACCAAGGAGAAAAUGCUCUAAAGAACUCUUUGGAUUCCUUCUCCUCGUCUGUGACAUCUAUUACAAAGAAUGCUUCUGAAGUUGUAGAUAGUGCAUUUAACAGAGCGUUUUCUGCGGUCGACCAAACAGGAGAUAUAGCUGGAGACAAGUUUUCAAGUUUUUCUACUGGCUUGAAGGAAGCUUCAAACAGAGCAGCUGUUAUUGCCAUUGAUCUGUUGAGGCAAUCAGUUAGUAUUGCAGAAAGUUCUGUAACAAAUGGAGUUUCUUUUGUUGUGUACUCUUAUGGGUCAGCAAAAGAUUUACUUCCUCCAGAUGUUAAGAGUGCCCUUAAUUCGUCAGAAGAUGUUGCUCUAAAAGUAUUGAGUCCCGUGGGAGCUGUGUUGCAGCAGGUAUCUGUUGCCAUUGGAGGUUUGGAGAGAAAUUUCGGUUUGGAUCCAGAUGACCCAAUUAUUCACCUUUUUCUAUUCGUAGGCACCACAGGAACCUUUUGGGUUCUAUAUCGGGUUUGGACAUAUGGUGGAUAUGCUGGAGAUUUGUCUCCCAAGUCAACUCUGGACCUUUUAAGAUCAAAAGAAAAGUCAGUGCUCAUAGAUGUCAGGCCUGAAGCCUUGAGAGAGAAAGAUGGAAUCCCUGAUCUGCGGAGAUCAGCUCGAUUUCGAUAUUCUAGCCUGACACUGCCUGAGGUUGACGGUGCUGUCAAACGGCUACUGAAAGGUGGAAGUGAAGUUGAUGAUAUCUUGACAGCUGUAAUCAUCAAGAACUUGAAAAUAGUUCAGGACAGGUCCAAGGUUAUUGUUAUGGAUGCUGAUGGAACUCGUUCGAAGGGUAUUGCGAGAGCCCUGAGAAAAGUUGGGAUUAAGAGACCAUACUUGGUGCAAGGUGGCUUUAGAUCAUGGGCUAAGGAAGGUCUUCGUGUGAAGGAGCCGAAACCUGAGACAACACUUACUAUCCUCAACGAGGAAGCUGAGGCGAUUCUUGAGGACAUAAAUCCUUCUCCAUUGCAACUAGUUGGAGUUGGUGUGGGUUUUUUCGCAGCAUUGUAUGCUUUGUCUGAGUGGGAGAAAACACUGCAACUCAUAGCUGUCGUUGGCCUCGGUCUGACUAUAUACCAACGACUUUCUUCAUAUGAUGACUCUGAAGACUUCAAGGAAGACGUCAGGCUGUUGCUUGCACCAGUGAGACUCGGAGCUCAGGCUUUCUCAUGGGCUGCAGAAAAACUCGAAACAAAUGGUGUUGGCCUCCCAACUUCACCUUCGUCUUCAGAUGUUCGAAGCCGGGUUUUGCAAGCUGCUGCUAAGCAUGAAUCUAAGCCCUCUGAUGAAACAUCUGAAAGUCUCCAAGAUGCAUCAUCGUCACCAGAAGAAGCUUUGAACAACGUUCUCGUGAAGUCCCAGAAUUCAAGGCCUUAUUCGAUGAGGUAUCAGGUCAAAUACAGGAGAAGAAGAGAUGGCAAGACUGAUUAUCGUGCCAGAAUCCGUCUUAUCAAUCAAGACAAGAACAAAUACAACACUCCAAAAUAUCGGUUUGUUGUUAGAUUUACAAACAAAGACAUAACGGCACAGAUUGUAUCUGCAAGCAUUGCUGGUGAUGUAAUUCUCGCUGCUGCUUAUGCUCACGAGCUGCCACAAUAUGGGCUUAAUGUUGGUCUUACAAACUAUUCUGCAGCAUACUGUACUGGACUUCUCCUGGCUCGACGUGUCCUGAAAAUGCUUGAAAUGGAUGCAGAGUAUGAAGGAAAUCUCGAGGCCUCUGGGGAAGAUUUCUCAGUGGAACCUACUGAUAACAGGAGACCGUUCCGUGCUCUUCUUGAUGUUGGACUUAUUAGAACCACUACCGGAAACCGUGUCUUUGGUGCUCUGAAGGGUGCACUUGAUGGUGGUCUUGAUAUACCUCAUAGCAACAAGAGAUUCGCGGGAUUCUCCAAAGAAAACAAACAGCUCGAUUUCGCAACUCACGUCAAAUACAUCUAUGGUGGUCAUGUUGCGGAUUACAUGAAGACUCUAAACGAAGACGAGCCCGAGAAAUUCCAGACUCAUUUCAGUGAGUAUGUGAAGAAAGGUAUUGAAGCAAAUGAAAUGGAGGCAUUGUACAAGAAGGUUCAUGCCGCGAUCCGAGCUGACCCGUUAGCUAAAAAGGCUGGAAAGCAAUCUCUAAAGGAGCAUAAGAGGUUUAACUUGAAGAAGCUUACUUAUAAACAGAGGAAAGCUAACUUGAUUGACCGUAUUCGUACACUUAACUCUGCUGCUGAAGCCAUCGAUGAAGAUGACAACGAGUGAAAACGUUUUUUCUCUUUAAAUCUUGGCAAAAUUCUUUAUUUCCGUCCAGUUUUGAUCUACCUUCGUGGCUUUGAAUUUUUACUAAAGAUAUUUUACUAUU